CGCGCGGUGUCGCUGUCGCUCACGUUCUGCUCCUCUGCAGCUUCCCGAUGAUGAUGAUGAUGAUGAGUUACUCGGAGAAGACCGAAGACAUGACGAAGGACGAGUGGAUGGACAAACUGAACAACGUCCUCAUCCAGAGGACGGACAUGAACCGGCUCAUCGUGAACUACCUGGUGACAGAGGGAUUCAAAGAGGCAGCGGAGAAGUUCCGGAUGGAGUCUGGCAUCGAGCCGAGCAUGGACCUGGACUCUCUGGACGAGAGGAUCAAGAUCAGAGAGAUGAUCCUGAAGGGACAGAUACAGGAAGCCAUCGCACUCAUCAACAGCCUCCACCCGGAGCUGCUGGACACCAACAGAUACCUGUACUUUCACCUGCAGCAGCAACACUUGAUCGAGCUGAUCCGACUCAGAGAGACGGAGUCGGCACUGGAGUUCGCUCAGACACAACUGGCUGAGCAGGGGGAGGAGAGCCGCGAGUGUCUGACGGAGAUGGAGAGGACGCUCGCCCUUCUGGCCUUCGACAACCCUGAGGACUCGCCCUUCGGAGACCUGCUCAACAUGAUGCAGCGGCAAAAGGUGUGGAGCGAGGUGAACCAGGCCGUGCUGGACUAUGAAAACAGGCAGUCGACGCCCAAACUGGCGAAACUGCUGAAGAUGCUGCUGUGGGCGCAGAACGAGCUCGACCAGAAGAAGCUGAAGUAUCCGAAGAUGACGGACCUGAGCACGGGAACCAUCGAGGAGCCCGUGACGUGUGGCCGAUAGGUAACACGUGUGGAAACAAACUGUAUGAAUCAAAUGACUCCACUCGUGUGAACUGUAAAUUACUGUGUUUGCAAAGUGACAGAAUGAUUCUGUUUGAAUACUGAUCCUGGAGUUUGAGAUGAAAUUCAGAUUUCUGUUUUAUAUUCUAUUCUUUUACUAAAGUCACUUGUAUCAUUUAUUUCUCGCCAAUUAUUCUGAUGAAUGAAAGAAUGUGAUGAUGUCGUCGUGUGUGAGGAUCAGAUACAGUCACAGAACCAUAAUUCACAUCUAAAUUUCUAAACAAAAUGUGGAUAU